UUUCGUCGGUAUCCAUGGAGACGACGGCAGCGUCCGGUCGCUGCACCGCGGAAGAGGCGGUGUGUGUGUCUCCUCCUCCUCUUCUGUUUGUGUUUAGCAGCGAGCAUUUCACACGAUGGAGAUGCCGGAGACGAUUAGAAGACGUUUAGAGGACUUUUCUCGGACUGUUUUAUUUGACCAGAGUCGGACACAGUCGUUCACAAAGGAGGACGGCUCGUUUUUAGCACACGACAAGCGAGUCCUGUCUAGUCUCCCCCUCCAGAUGUCUCUGUACUUUAACAUGUGGUUCUUCCCCCUGUGGUGGAUCAGUGAAAUUGUAAUGCUGCAACUUAAGUAUCCUGCCUUGCCAGACUACUACAAGUUCAUCCUUGUCACUAUUCUCAUCGUGAUGACUCUGAUCGAGGCCAUUAGACUCUUUCUCGGUUAUGCCGGGAACCUGCAAGAAAAGGUCCCAGAGUUGGCUGGAUUUUGGCUGCUGAGCAUCCUGCUGCAGUUUCCACUCAUCCUGUUUCAACUGUUCAAUGAAGCCAUUCUCAUACAACCCCUGGAGAGAGGCGUUCACAUCGUUCUCGCCAUAUUCAUACUCACACAGGCUCUCUCUGGUUUUGUCGCCCUACGGGACAUGGUCAGACACACUGAAAGCCAAUUUCACCUCCGGCAGUUUGACUGAGUAAUAAAGCUCUGAUGUCGCAGACAGGACAACAACAAAUGAUGUGCCACUUUUGUAUUACAUGUACUACACGUGAUAUUACCUCCUGAGAAAAGAAAAACAUUUGAACAUAUUUAUUUUUGUAUUUUAU